AUGGCGAUGGCGAUGGCGGCGGCGAUGAGGGUCGGUGGCGGCGCUCUGCUCCGGCGGGCGCCCGUGGUGGAGGCAAGGCAGCGCCUCGUCCACACGACCCCGGAGGAGAUGAGAGAGGUGGCGACCCGCGCGGCGCAAAUCGGCAAGACAAAGGAGCAGCUGUUCGACAUGGUCAUUGACCUCAAUAGCAACUACAACGUUCCCCACAGCAUGAAACGGGAGCACUUGCUGCUGUCACAACGCCUCUCUUCACAAAUCCAGCCUAGACCAUACGACCCAGCCUGGCGUUUCUGCCGACGCACCGAAAGACGCAAUACUUUCUACAAGUUUGUGGGGGUGACUACUUGUGGCCUUGUCGGCUCAGCCGGCCUCUUCUUGCUCCUACACGGACCUCAUCAUCGACCAAAGAAGUGGGUUGUCGACUGGUGGGACAAGCUAACCAGUUAG